ACGGGGACGACCCGAUGGGCGUGAAGUCGCCCCUCCGGUACGACCAGAACGAACAACACAUCCUGGCCAGCAUUGAGAGGGACUUCAUCCACUGACACAAGGCUACAGGGGGGGCCCGGGGAGCGAGCGAUGAGAGACUGGAGGAAGAGAUCCUGCAGUACUGCAAGGAGGAGGGGAUCCUGCAAUUGUGCAAGGACCAGGGGAUCUCUCAGUUGUCCAAGGAGCAGGGGAUCCCUCAGUUGUCCAAGGAGCAGGGGAUCCCUCAGUUAUCCAAGGAGCAGGGGUCGAUCCCUCAGUUAUCCAAGGAGCAGGGGAUCCCUCAGUUAUCCAAGGAGCAGGAAAUCUCUCAGUUGUCCGAGGAGCAGGAAAUCUCUCAGUUGUCCGAGGAGCAGGAAAUCUCUCAGUUGUCCGAGGAGCAGGGGAUCUCUCAGUUGUCCGGGGAGCAGGGGAUCUCUCAGUUGUCCGAGGAGCAGGGGAUCCCUCAGUUAUCCGAGGAGCAGGGGAUCCCUCAGUUGUCCGAGGAGCAGGGGAUCCCUCAGUUGUAUAAGGAGGAGGAAAAGGGACCAGAGACAGAAGGCAAAAUGUCCAAGGCAUAUCCAGAGGAGGGAGAUGAAGAUGAUGAACUCGAGGAAAUAGAUGGCACUCAAGUAGAAAAGGAAAAGAAUAGGGAAAAACUAAACACUAACGUGGGAGAUAAAUGGAUGGAAGAGGAAGAUAAAUGGAUGGAAGAGGAAGAGAAAAAGGAGAUAGUAAAGAAUGAAGUGAAAAAUGAGGAGGGGGUGCGUGAGAGAGAAGAGAUAGAACAAAUGAUGGAGGAAGUAGAAGAAAUAGAGGCAGUGAAGGAAAAGAAGAUUGAGAGAAAACUAGAGGAGAAUGUACAGGAAAUAGAAGAAAUGAAAGAAGAGGAAAUAGAAGAAAUGAAAGAAGAGGAAAUAGAAGAAAUGAAAGAAGAGGAAAUAGAAGACAUGAAAGAAGAGGAAAUAGACGACAUGAAGGAAGAGGAAAUAGACGACAUGAAGGAAGAGGAAAUAGAAGACAUGAAAGAAGAGGAAAUAGACGACAUGAAGGAAGAGGAAAUAGAAGACAUGAAAGAAGAGGAAAUAGAAGACAUGAAAGAAGAGGAAAUAGAAGACAUAAAAGAGGAGAUAGAAGAAAUACAAAUAAAAGAAGAAACAAGAGAAACCUAACGCCUUAAAAAGUAGCAAGGAGUCUCAGAAACAAAAUACGAAAAACAACAUAGAUGAAGUAAACAAUAAAGAUACGAGAGGAACAAACGAAGAUAACGUACACAUAAAAUGAUAAACAAUAAACGGUGACAAACAAGAAAUAUAAGGAAGGAUCAGAGAAAAGCAAACAAAAUAAAUCAUUUAAGAGACAAACUACAAGAAACGUUAGUCAGACAUCGAAGAAACAGACAGAGUCAAAGAAAACGGAUUUAUGGCCAAAAAGAUGGAAAAUAAAGUUGGGAUUGAGAGAACGGAUUUCUUGGACGAGGGAAAUGGAAUACUAUUAUAAAUUUAAUACAAAUGGGUCACUGUGUCUCGCCUGUCACUGUUGUAGACAGAGGCGCUGACGGGACCGGCUCCUCCUGUAGCUACAGUGUCAUAUCUGUCUAUGGACAGACCAUUCAUGCAGUUGUAUGUAUACUACAAUUAAUUAAAUAACAAUUGUAUAUAUAUAAAUUUAUAUGCGGAAAAGCCACAUUUGAAAAAUUGAAGAGUGCUGAAUUUUUGGUUAAAUUCGCCUUCGUCGGGGCAAGAUAGAGAGGAUAGCAGCUAGCUGUACACUACGGGUUCACCAUAGCCCGUGCUACUUGGAACUUUUUGUUCCAGAUAGCGAAUCUUAAACAGCAACAAUAGCUGUUAUCCUUUCAAAUUUUCACUGUGGUUAUUCUGAAUUACUGGGCCAUGUGGACAA